AUGCCAGCGUCCCCUUCCCUCCUCAACUCGCAGCUAUAUGCUUCGACUUCUCGUGAACGCCUCAAAACUCUCUACUCGGACUUCUCCAGGCAGAAGCAGUCAAGUCCUACAUCCUACGAAGCUAAAAUUGCUUGGUGGAAACGCGCAUUAGAAUGCUAUCUUGUGGCCGAUAGUUCGGACUCACUGGUUUUACAUGCAAAUUCUGACUUGCUAGAGGACUUGAGGGUGGAAGGCGUAGGCAGACCCAUCGGACUGAAUGCAGUCAUAGCCGAACUAACGACAUCUACGAGUUCGCCGCCUCCUCCAAUGUUACUGUUGGCGACGUUUCUUUCAUUACCGAACUCCAUCUACUCCUCAAGAUCCCCUCUUUCGUAUGUUACGGCGGUACCAAAGCUCCUAUUAUCAUACGGCGUUGCCAAACCACUGUGGUGGGCUCUCGAACAAGUCGGUGUAGUGGGGGAAGAUAGCAUUACCAGUUCUAUUUCCAGCACGUUUUCGUUUCCAAGGCCACAAGCUUCGUCGGCACCAUCAUCAAGCUUGCAGGAUUCGUGGUUCGGUGAUUAUAUUGCACUUGGAUUAGUUGAGAAAGCGGGGCAGAGUAUCACGGAAAGACAGCGUCGGAAGGUUGUUGGACCAGGUGACGCGUUAUACAGUCUUGAUAGGUUUAGAAGGGAAUUCGCCUUGUGCAUACCCGGAAAAGGUGGAGAACCGAAUGAUGGUGAGAACGCCAUGAUGAGCGAGCUAAAUAUGAAGGUACUGCUCAGAUAUCUCACAAGAGACAAAGAGGUUGUCAUCGUUGACGGAGAUGUGGUGAAGUUCUUCGAAUCUUAUUCUCUAGCUGAGAAGACGAAGGAAAUUACCGUUGUCGACCGUGGACUUGUGGAAUUAAAAGAUGCGGUAGAUAAUCUCCGACGUCAAACAUUCGCGAUACAGACGAAGAUGGAACAGUGUACAGCAAAUGCAGCUGCAGCAAUUAAGCAGAAUCAGAAACCGCUCGCAUUGAGUUACCUUCGCUCACGGCGGCAACUCGAAGGCGUAUUGAAGAAAAGAUUCGGCGCGUUAGAAAACUUGGAGGGGACUCUUGUUCAGGUCGAGGCUGCGGCUGAAGACAUCCAGAUCGUGAAAGCUUAUAGUACUUCAACUGCCACUUUGAAGGCAAUCCUCUCGCACCCAUCAUUACAACGAGAGUCGGUAGAGCAAACGAUGGAAGCAAUGGCCGAGGCGAAUACGGAUGCUAAAGAAAUCGACGAGGUCAUAAAGAUCGGAGGCGACCUUGCACUCGGCGUUGAGGAUACCAUUGACGAUGAGGAGAUCCAAAAUGAACUGGCUCAACUCGUUGUGGAGGCUCAAAUGGAACCGGGAACAAAAGUUUCCGAACUACAAGAGAAACUGGAUAAAGUUUCGUUGGUACCCCCAGAAGGAACACCUGCGAGGAAGGAAGCCGGGAAGCACUCGGAGCCACAUCCAGUUAUCGUAUGA